AUGAAGGGGAUGCCCUUACCCUUCGAUUUUGAAGGGAAGGGGGUUUUAGACUUGGAGCAGCUGUUUGUUCAGAACAAGAAUUGUUUUCCAAAUUUUGCUCCUCAAAUCUCAUCUGAAUUUAUUUUUGAGAAAAAUUGUUUCUUGAAUCGUAAUAGCUACUGCUUUGUCGAGCCCACAUCUGUACUGGAUUCUGCGAAAAUUCCCAGCCGACCCUCAUCCUCGUCAAACCUGUCUUCAUCUCUCGGCGGCGGCGGCGGCGCUUCGACCGACACGGCCGGCGUGGCGGCGGUAUCGGACGCUAACCCCUCUCCUAAAUGGCAGCAGCACGACUCCACAACUGCCACCAGCUCCAAUGCCGGCGGUGGGGACAACGGAGCUGAACCCGACCUCCUCCCCGUCCCCCCGCCCCUCGAGAUCAGCGCCGGCGGCGCCGCCGGGAACCCUGAGAAGUUCGCCAUGGAGGACUGGGAGGGCGUGCUGUCGGAGACGGUGGCCGUCUCCCCCGGCCAAGAGCAGUCCUUUUUCCGGUGGAUCAUGGGCGACGUCGAGGACCCGUCCAUGGGAAGCCUGAACCGUGUCCUCCACAUCGGCGGCGACGGCGGAUCCUCCGCGCCGGAGCUCGAUUUCAGCGGCGGCUUUUCGUCGAACGUAGAUCAGGGUUUCAGCUCCGGUGAAUUCUUCAUGUCCGCGGCCCCAAACAACAGCAGAUCUGAAAAGAACAACAUCGAUCUGACCUCAAAUCCGACCACUAAUUUGAAUCUGAAAUUCUCUCAGAAUGUAAUGCAAAACCCAUCUUCAGCCUUCAACCUCAGCCCCAUCGCUUUCGAUACAUCCCAAGAAAUAAAGCCGCCCCCCAUUUUCAAUCCCCAGCUAUUGAUCAGCCAGCACCAAACCCAGCAUGCUCAAAACCCUUCCUUUUUCCUCCCUCUUUCAUACUCCCAGCACCAGGAGCCGACCAUCUUCGGGCCGCCCCAGCCCAAGAGGCACAACUCCGGCGGCCUCCUCGAUGUAGGGUUCCAGCCCAGCGGCCCAAUCUCGAAGGGCCCAUUCACAGACACCAUCCCGAACCCCCACCAGCUUCAGUUCCUUCCCCACUACCUGCAACAUCAUCAGCGCCCUAUUGGGCCGGCCCUGGGCCCGAGGCCCAAGCCCGACGAUAGCCGGCAGCUUCAGCAGGCAGUGGUGGACCAGAUUCACAAGGCGGCAGAGCUGGUCCAAACCGGAGACCCUGUUCUCGUGCAGGGGAUAUUGGCGCGGCUCAAUCACCAGCUCUCUCCUGAAGGAAAGCCCUUUAUGCGGGCCGCAUUCUACUGCAAGGAGGCCUUGCACUUGCUCCUCAACAACAACAACAAUAAUAAUAAUAAUAAUAAUAAUAUUGCCACAUCAUCGCCUUUCGGCCUCGUCUUCAAGAUCGGGGCCUACAAGUCGUUCGCCGAGAUCUCUCCCUUGGUCCAGUUCGCCAAUUUCACCUGCAACCAAGCGAUUCUUGAAGCAGUCGAGGGUUUUGAACGGAUUCAUGUGGUGGAUUUCGAUAUCGGGCUCGGAGGUCAGUGGGCCUCCCUCAUGCAGGAGCUUGCGUUGCGGAAUACGGGCCUGAUCACACUGAAAAUCACGGCCCUAGCCUCGGCUCCCCAUGACCAGCUCGAGCUGGGCCUGACCCAGGAGAAUCUGAUCCAGUUCGCGGCCGAGCUCAAUAUUGGGUUCGAAUUCGACGUGAUUGGACUGGACUCGCUGAGCUCCGGUUCUUGGCCCAGCCCGUUUAACCCUUGGGAAGGUGAGGCGGUUGUGGUGAAUCUCCCGAUAGGCUGCCUCGCUGGCGGCUGCCAGCUCAUUCUUCGUUUUGUGAAACACCUUUCCCCGAAGAUUGUGGUCUCGGUAGAUAGAGGGUGUGAAAGGACGGAUUUACCCUUCGCCAACCAUGUGAUCCAUGUCCUCCAAUCGUGCUCGAAUCUCCUCGAGUCUUUAGAUGCGGUCAAUGUGAACAUGGAUGCCCUGCACAAGAUCGAACGCUUCUUGCUUCAGCCAGGGAUUGAGAAAAUCGUAAAUGCUCGGUUUCGAGCCCCUGAGAAGACUCAGCAUUGGAGAACACUUUUCCUUUCUUCCGGAUUUUUGCCUGUCGUGUUCAGCAAUUUUGCCGAGUCUCAAGCGGAGUGCGUGAUCAAGAGGACUCCAGUUCGGGGGUUUCAGGUCGAGAAAAGGCAGUCCACCCUCGUGCUUAGCUGGCAGAGGAAGGAGCUUAUAUCGGCUUCGGCUUGGAGAUGCUAA